AUGUUAAAUCGUACACUUUUACAGGUUGCCAGGCCAUUGGUGGCCCGCCGGUAUGUUGGAAGUGCCCAGGCAUUGAUGAGCAAGCCUGUUUCUGAGGUGGACCCAGAAAUGGCGCAAAUUUUGGCAGAAGAGCGCAACAGACAAAAGACUUCGGUGACGUUAAUUCCAUCGGAAAACUUCACUUCGAAGGCCGUGAUGGACCUCUUGGGUUCGGAGAUGCAGAACAAGUACUCCGAGGGGUAUCCUGGCGAGAGAUAUUACGGAGGAAAUGAAAUCAUUGACAAGGCUGAGUCAUUGUGCCAGAAGAGAGCACUUGAAUCUUUUGGUUUAGAUCCAGAAAAAUGGGGUGUCAACGUCCAGUCGUUGUCGGGAGCCCCAGCGAACUUGUACGCCUACUCUGCUGUUUUGGAAGUGGGUGACAGAAUCAUGGGUUUGGAUCUUCCUCAUGGUGGACAUCUUUCUCACGGUUACCAGACCCCCACCACCAAAAUCUCGUACAUUUCCAAAUAUUUCCAAACCAUGCCUUAUCGUUUGAACGAGGAGACUGGUUUGAUCGACUAUGAUACACUUGAAGCUAAUGCUCAAUUGUUUCGUCCCAAGGUAAUCGUUGCUGGUGCUUCGGCGUACCUGAGAGUAAUUGACUAUGCCAGAAUGAGAAAAAUUGCUGACAAGGUUGGAGCCUAUUUGUUAAGUGAUAUGGCUCAUAUUUCCGGUUUGGUAGCCGCUGGGGUGACAGCCUCUCCUUUUGAGUACUCGGACAUCGUUACCACCACUACCCACAAGUCCUUGCGUGGACCUCGUGGUGCGAUGAUUUUCUUCAGAAAAGGUGUCAGAAAGGUCACCAAGAAGGGAAAGGAAGUGUUGUACGAUUUGGAGCGCAAGAUCAACUUUUCCGUGUUCCCAGCUCAUCAAGGUGGACCCCACAACCACACCAUCUCUGCUUUGGCUGUUGCCUUGAAACAAACCCAGUACCCAGAAUACAAGCAAUAUCAGCAAAAUGUCAUUGAUAACGCUUCGUCUUUCGCCCAGGCGUUGCAAUCUCGUGGUUUCAAGCUUGUUUCUGGCGGAACCGACACCCAUUUGGUAUUAAUUGACUUGAGCUCGAAGAACAUUGACGGUGCUCGUGUUGAAGGAUUGUUGGAAAGGAUCAACAUUGCUGCCAACAAAAACACCGUUCCCGGCGACAAGUCUGCCCUCUUCCCAUCUGGGUUGCGUGUGGGAACCCCAGCCAUGACUACCCGUGGAUUUGGCCAAGCUGAGUUCGAGAAGGUUGCAGAGUACAUUAAUCGUGCUGUUGAACUUUCGCUUAAACUUAAGGGCCAGGAGCAAGGUUCUGUACCAAAAGAGUUGUUGGCAUCUUUCAAGCAGUUGGCAGACGAGAGCACCGAAGUCAAGGAGUUGGCCGAGGAGGUUGCAAAAUGGGUUGGACAGUAUCCAGUUCCAGGCGAUUUGUAG